UUUUAGGGUGCUUUAUUUUACGCAAUUCUAUUAAACUUCAAACAUUUAUAUUUAUAUUAUGCCCCAGCAUUUAUUAUUUUUUAUUUGUCUUGGUAUCUUUAUUGGGAAGAAUCUGGUGGGAGAGUGUUUUCUUUAAUGGCAAUUUUGGUUGGAAUUUUUUCGCUUUCAUUUGGACCUUUUUUGAUUGAAGGAAUUUCUGCUUUUAAUUUUAAAGGUUUGCAAAGAAAUUUAAAUUGGAAGGUUUUUUCUCGUUUGAACCAUUUUUUAUUUGGGUCAACCUUUAAAAAUGGUUGUAAAAAGUCGAAAAAAAAUUCUUUUGGGGUUUGAAGAGGCUGGUAAUGAU